UAUAUUGACAUUAUCAUUGCAUUACAACAUUGAAGUUGAUAUUCAUUUUCUCCCCCAUUUACUAAUAAUUAAGCGGAGGGGUCUAUUUUAGGAACAGCACAGGAACACUUAAAAUAGUCAGCCUCCUGAACCUGCAAGCCUCAACGUCGCCGCCGGCACUCUCCAAAAUCCAGACUCUUGCUUCUGGACCGCUCCUUGCAGUUCCUUGUCGCCAUCAUGAAGCGAAUGUUUACCGGCCUGCAAAGGCGCGUCAGCACCUUUCCAACCCUGUCGCAAGAGAACAACGACACAUCGCCAUCAAGUUCAGGAAAUGAAUCACCCGAAGAAAUUAUCAUCCGCGAAAUCAAAGCGUUUUGCGAGGCUGGCGGAGGCCCCAACAGCGCCAAUGAUUAUCUACACCUCCCAGCUAUAGUCGAGGCCGCCGAGUCGAGCGCCACUGCUGCCAAAGAAGCCGCGACACGAAUACGGAAGUACCUGUCGAGUCCCUCCAAGCCGCAAGGAGCGGCACAAUACAAUGCAAUUAUGCUUAUACGGAUUCUGGCGGAAAACCCGGGCCAUACGUUCACGCGCAACAUUGACGCCAAGUUUGUGUCUACGGUCAAAGACUUGCUCCGAGAGGGUCGGGAUAUGUCCACACAACAGAUGCUGCGCGAGAUGUUGAAUUUGUUUGAAUCUCAGAAGUCGUGGGACGAGGAUCUCGCUGCGCUUCUGGCCAUGUGGAAAAAGGAAAAGACCCGGGCAGCCAAAUAUGGGCCGCCUGCAAACUUCCAAUCGCCAGAACAUCAAUCAGCCUUUGGCCGUCCUUCGCGUCCUCCGAGAACACUGCCACCGCCAGACGAACUGGCCGCGCGCGUCUCGGAAGCCAAAACAUCUGCGAAUCUGCUCAUUCAGCUGGCGCAAAGCACCCCUGCAGCUGAGGUCCUGGAUCAUGAGCUGAUGAAGGAAUUUUCAGAGCGCUGCGCCUCAGCUUCCAGGUCCAUACAGGCGUAUAUGGCCUUGGAAAACCCGCCUCCAGAUGAAGACACCAUGCUCACCUUGAUCGAGACAAACGAGCAACUCUCCGUUGCUUUGUCCAAGUACCAGCGGGCGGUUCUGAAUGCACGAAAAGUCGUUGCCUCAAGCAAUAACAAUGGUGCUAAUAGAAACGGCACUGGCACUGGCAAUGCAAAUGGAAAUGGAAAUAGUCACAACAACAAUAAUGCCAGCAACACACGCACUGCGCCUACAAAUAGCGAGCAGACUGCCCCUCUUCCUCCUCAGCCCCAAAGACGGGUUUCUACUCCGCCACCUAUGAUCGCGGAGAUCCCUCCUCUGGAACCAUUGAGAACAACCGAAGAAGCGCCCCUCUCGCACUCUGCUCUUCCCGAACGAAACAACCCACGAUCCAUCUCUCCUCCUGGCCAACAAUCCAGACGCUAUGAAUACAAUGCCGAUGAAUUCAACGUUGAGAACCCGUUUGCCGACAGCUUGGCGGACGAUGAUCACCACAGUAUUUCUUCUGAUAAACACGUGCGACGUCACUAAGAGCUUAAUGGGUAGGAUUUUAUUUUUCUUUCCUUUUUUAUACUAUACAUGCGUUCUCUUCUGGUACAUAGAACCCUCGUUUUGAGUACAUGACUUGCUGGUAAAUAGCAAUUAUUAUACCCGUUUUCAUUAGCGCCCUAUGUGACCACCAUUUGCAUGUCGAGCCCACCUACACAUUUUCCUUCGUUGUGAUCGAAGUUACAUAAAUGAGACAUUACCAGAUACUACCAGAUUUGGAUAAUGAAUUCAAAAUUCCUUGGAUUUUCUAUUUUCCCUUCAUACAAAUUAUCUCUAUAGCCAAACGCUAUUCAACAAUUUCGUCUCUUGAAUCCGCGAUCACGUAGGAGACAAAAAACUAAAAGUCGAAUGCGCAAUAAGUAGAUUGAACAUCUGUACUUGGAAACAAAGGAAAGAAGCCAGGGAAUUCUCUCCUCCUUCCGUCAUGCGCGUCAGAGUAGAUAGUAGAUAUCAGAG